AUGUCUUCCUCUAUACCACUCGCCAUGCCCCAGCCACGACCACAACCUCCGCCUGCCGCAUAUCUCAAUCCCAGUGCGAACCAUGAUGGAGAAUACCCAGAAGAUGAUAGCCCUGCACCCUCAUAUUCCCUCACGCCCACCAACAUGAACUCGAAAACAUGGCCGGACAGUGCGAACACGGUCGAGGCUGCCCGCUCGAUCACACGAACUCCGAGCCCAACGCCGAGUGAGGUGGACCUCCUGAAUGGUAUUACACCGAAGAAGGAGAGGUCGACGGCCCAGGUUAUACGGCGACUGCUCAUUAUUGCUAUUAUCGUCGUCGCAAUCGUACUCAUAGAGGUCUAUCACGACAAGAUUAUAGACGGGCUGAAGCCAGUGACCCGAUGGCUGCAUGGUUUGAGGGGAGGCUGGGUGAUACCAAUCAUUGUCCUCAUCGCCCUAUCAUUUCCCCCACUAUUCGGACACGAAGUUGUUGCGAUGUUAUGUGGUCUUGUGUGGGGCCUUGGCGCGGGCUUCGGGAUCGUGGCUGCGGGCACUAUUCUGGGCGAAAUACUCACAUACUACGUAUUCCGUUAUUUGUGUAGCGCCCGCGCGUCCAAACUCGAGCUCACGAAUCUGCAAUAUGGUCUGCUUGCGCAUACUAUUCGCAGAGGCGGGAUUUGGGUUGCCAUUGUAGCGCGUUAUAGUGCGUUACCUGGACAUUUAACGACCGCCGUCUUUGCAACCUGCGGAAUGGGAUUCUGGGUCUUCCUUGUUGCUGCUGUUGUUUCGCUCCCGAAGCAGCUUGCCAUCGUCUAUGUCGGGUUCGCGCUCGGUCAAAAUGAGGACAAGAAGAGCAACACAAUCCAAAAGGUCGUCAUCGCGGUGACGGUGGUGGUAACCGUUAUUGCGAUGCUGUAUAUUCGCAGGCUGAUGGGCCAAGCGCGUCCCGAGUUGGUUUACGCGCGGAGGAAGGCGAGGCAGGCGAAGCUGCAAGGAGAAGUAGAGACUGAAGCCCAUGAUCACCCAACUGUCUGA